GUUGGAUUGAAUUUGAAUGCUAAGUGCAUUGUGUUUUUUUUUCUUCUUCAGUCCAUUUAUUCUCUUCGCCUUUCCUCUUGUCCGUUCACCCUGCUGCAAGAUCUGUCUCUCUGUUGUGCUGGAGGACGCAGUGGGUCAGACAUGUCGGCCAAGGCUCCCAUAUACCUUAAGCGACGAAGCCGUAAAGGAAAGAAGGAAAAGCUGCGUGACCUUCUUUCAUCCGACAUGAUCAGUCCUCCGCUGGGAGACUUCAGACACACCAUCCACAUUGGAAGUGGAGGAGGUGCCGACGAUCUUUUCGGUGACCUGUCUUUCCUACAAGGUAAAUUUCACCUGUUACCGGGGCAGCAAAGUCAUCAAGGGUCCUUCCAACUAAGUCGCACAGCAAGUGUAAGCAGUCACCCGCCAGCCAGCGAGAGCUCGCCUCUGUUGAAAAAUGCCCUGUCACUGCCUAUCAUUGGAGGGGUGCAGGCGCUCACACUUCCGGCUGUGACUUCAGCAGGAACGGUGAAUGCUGAGAUCCCAACAGCCCUGAUAACAACUCAAUCGCCCCCAACAUCUCCGUCUCUCGCUCCACCUCCCAAACCUCCCAGACUGCACCUGGAAGAGAGGAACUUGUCACCGCAUACAUCGCUUCGGCAUACAUCUCCAAACCGCUAUCCACUUAAUCUGCACACAUUUGGGCAGAGUCCAGAGGAAGAUGAGAAAUUUGUAAAGGAUGGGGAUGGGGGAGAAAUGCCGUAUUUGUCCAACGCCGGCUCUAUGCUUUCCCUCCAUCUGGACUUGGGGCCAUCCAUCCUAGAGGAUGUGCUUCAGAUCAUGGACAAUGAGAGAACAGGGACGUUCAGUGGGCGACUUACACCCAGUGGACGACAAGAGAUAUAUACCUGAAAGUGAACAAAGAGA